AUGCAAUGGGACCAGAAAAUCGAUGGAGAUUUGGAGAUCAGCUGGAAAGAAUUCGUGACACGUAUUUCGUCUCUACAAGACGUUAAGAUACCUAGAUGGCUAAACUCUUCAUCCGAAAGUAAAAUUAAAAUUUUGGGAUUUGCGGAUGCAUCAGAGAAGGCCUAUGCAGCAGUGGUUUAUAUUAAAACCGAUAAAGGAGUUUCCUUGAUGGCUGCAAAAAGCAAAGUAAACCCGAUUAAAAACAAAAAGACGCUUCCGAAAUUAGAGCUGUGUGCAGCCUUCCUAUUGGCCAGGCUGCUAAAUAGAAUAAUUAGUGUGGUCAAAGCCGAAUCGGAAGUUUAUGCCUGGAGUGACUCCACAAUUACACUUGCUUGGAUUGAAAAUAACAAGAGCAAAGAUAAAUUUAUAAGGUCACGAGUAACCGGCAUAAAAAAAUUGGUAUCUCAGGCGCAGUGGCGGUAUGUAAAGUCAAAAGAGAAUCCAGCAGACUUGGGGUCAAGAGGCGUGUCCCCAGAUAAACUUGUAGACUCAAAGCUAUGGUGGGAAGGUCCCCAGUGGCUGCUGUUGCCGGAGGCGGAAUGGUCUCUAACCCCUCCAGAAUUGAAGACAUGCGCUUCCACGGCUUCCAAGGAAGCACCUACCUUAUUGAACGAUUUGAUAGAAAGGUAUUCAUCAUAUGGAAGACUUCUAAGAGUUUACUCUUACAUCUUGCGGUUUGUUGAAAAACUGAAGGGAACCCGAUCCUUCCCGUCAUAUCUAACGAGAGAGGAGUUGUUAAAGGCGGAGAAAUACAUCGUUAAAGGUCAUCAGAAGAUAGAAUGGCCAAGUGAGGUACAAAAACUAAGAGAUGACAGACAGAUGGAUCAUCGACACAAGCUGGCUAAUUUGCACCCGUACCUAGACGAAGAGGGGGUUUUAAGAGUUGGAGGUCGACUUCAGUACUCUGAUUUGCAGCUAGAUCAAAAACAUCCUAUGAUCAUUCGAAAAUCACGGCUGGCCUAUUUAAUUAUACGAGACACCCAUUACAAGACGAUGCACGGAGGAAAUCGCCUAGUAGAAUGCACCGUUAGAACCCUAGGAACAACAAUCACUGCGCCGUUAAGCCUCCAGUCUAGUCGAGAUGUAGAAGAUAGAGUGAAUUUCACAGCAGACUUAGCUCAGAUUGAAGAAUUUAACAUGCUUCCUUUGGGACCAAUGAUUAUCAAUCACACCCGCCAAGUUGAUGAAGUGAUGACGAAGCUUAGAGAUGUCCAGAAAACAAAUGUCGAUCUAAGGGGCUUGCAGUUUCAUCAUAUGAGUGGUCAUGCUGCUCUUAUUUUAGUUAUUCUCAUAAUAAUAAUAUUAGCGAUAUGUUUUAUUAAGAAGUUUAUUCAAAGGCAAAAUGUAUCAGCUUUAAAUUUUUAG